AUGGAAAAAAAGGUGGAAACUGUUGAUUAUCGAUCUUCAGCUGGACAAGGCCAAGAAGAGAGGAAUGUGCAGGUAAUUCACCAGCCCCAUUCAACCAACACCAGUGGAGGUGUACUUGCUGGUGCUGCCGCUGCUGUUGCAUCCACUCUACAAUCCGCCCAGAAUAAAAUAGAUGCUUCUUACCCUUCUUUGCUUUGGUUUGACGCUGAUGUAACUUCUGAACUGUGCCAUCCGAAUCUCACAGAUGGAUGGGAAAAAUUCGUGUCACAAAAUCACUCUUGCAAGGAGGGACAAUCCUAA